AUGUUGGCGUUUGGAAUUUUCUUUCUUGUCAGCGCUCACGGGCUGCACACAAUAUCUGCAGCGGUUGCUAAGCAUCCUAGAGAAGAACUGCCUAUUCAAUAUCCAGAGCCUAUAGAGGACGACGUUCCUGAAGCCUGCAAACACCUAACCUACUGCACCAUCAAACCAAAAAAUUACCCUGAAAAGAAAUUCAACGACAUGCUAAAAGGCUAUAAAGCCAUACCACAACCUUCGAUGGUAGUUGAACUCCAUAAUCGUCAAGGUGACCCUGAUGAUGAAGACAACUGCGAAAGUGAAGUCACUUUUGAACCCUUAUACAAAGUGAGGGAAAAGGAAUACAAGCCAUGGCGUACGGUUGUGCAAGCGCCAGAACAAGACUUCGUCCAACGCGUACGCCUUGAGACGUGCAUAAAUACCGGUGCGCCAUGCUUCAAUGUUUUCACUCCUCUACCAGAAUACGUAACCUUUUGCAAACAGAAAGUGAACACUUGGAAAGUUUUAGUAUCGAAAGGAAACAAUCAAACCGAAAUGAUUAUGGCAGAGUUGCCAGUUUGCUGCUCUUGCCAUUAUCGUCCCAUAGACUUCGUGACGCGGUUCGGGAAACCUAAGGAA